UACACGUAAUUGUGACGCACACACCAGCAACUCUCAUUAUUUAUACGACCAGAUUCAUCCGCGGAAUCAUCACGUAAUCUUUGGAAUUAAACUGAGGAGAAUGGACCCGUGUGACUGUUCUAAGACUGGAUCGUGCAACUGCGGGCAGGACUGCAAAUGCACAAAAUGCACGUGCGAAAAAUACAAGAAAAGUUGUUGCACUGGCUGUCCAUCUGGAUGCAGCAGCAAGGGUACGAAGAGUUGUGAGAGUGCGUGCAAGGACAAGGAGAAAUCGUGCGACACACACUGCUGCAAAUGAAUGUUAUUAAUUAUAGCUCUGACAUGUCGUGCUUAAACGCAUAUUCUAUGA